AUGUCAUUCUUCUCAGAGGACUUGUCACUUGACCCACGCUUCUUCGAGCUCCAGGAGGAGCUGCGGUCUGUGCUCUUCGCCGGCCUCUCAAGCCUGUCACCCAGCAGACCCUCCACACCCGAGGACGAGGCCGCAGAGACACUCAACUUUUCACAUGUAACAGUCGCAGUCCCACACGCGAGACUGUUACGCUACCUACAGAAUUGGAUCACGGAAUGUGCACCUCAUCUUGACAAGUUCGAUGAGAACCAACACUUUCAGAUUCAGGUGCCUCUAAUGGCGCGCAAGUCACCGGCUUUGCUCUAUGCCAUGCUUGCAUUUUCAUCGAGGCAGAUGGAGAGGAGAGGACUGACGCAGAAAGGCUGCGACAGUCUGGAGCUGUAUCAAGAGAGUAUCAGGCUCCUAACACCUGGCUUGCAAGCCAAAGACCCCAACAUGCUCGUCACGGCGUGUAUACUCGCUGUCUUUGAGCUCAUGUCAGGCGGUGCGAGAAAUUGGAGGCGCCACGUCGAGGGUUGUGCCUCGCUCUUUGAGUAUUUUGGCGUCAAUGGUUUCUCUGGAGGGCUCCCGCAAGCGGUAUUCUGGUGCUAUGCGAGGAUGGAACUGUGUGGAGCGAUAAUAUCUGACGGUGCUGAGACGACCGUGCUGCCUCUCGAUCAAUGGGUUCCAGCCAUGCGAGAGCAGCCAUCAUCGCCUGAGGAAUCAGAGAGGUUUAUCCAGAGCCUUUUCCAUCAGAAGAGCCGCACAUCUCCAGAUACACAUGCCAAUUGGGCUAUCUACCUCUGCACCAAAGUCUGUCAUCUGCGCUUCCGAAGGACACAAUAUCUGGAGCUCGGAAGAGCAGACUGGCAGGAUAGCAGGCCGUUUUCAGAACAGUGGCAGAGACUCUGGUCAGAGUUACAAUUCUGGUUAGAUGAAAGACCUCCGUCGAUGAAGCCCAUCCGUGUGGUCGAAGCAAGUGAGAAGCAAGUCUUCCCACUGAUAAUGUUUCCCCAUUGGGCUGCCAUCUCAAGCAAUCAAGUCUAUCACGCCGCAUGCAUCUUGAUGCUGGAGAUGCAGCCACCAGAGCAGAACUUGGACUCUCACUGUUUGGCUCUUUGGCAUGCCCGCAGCGUGGUCGGUAUAUCAUGCGCCAACCCCCACCCUGGGAGCAUGGUCAACUCUAUCCAGCCGUUGUUUGUUGCGGGAAGGUUGUUCUCGCAUGUGAGUGAACGGAGGCAGAUAGCCCAGCUACUCAAGUCGAUUGAUAGAACAACUGGCUGGGGAGCAUUGUGGAGGUUGAGGGAUCUAGAGGCGGAAUGGGGAUAUGAGGCUGGCCAUGUGUUUGAUGAUUCGGGCAAGUAA